UUGAUACAUGGGUCGUGACGUCACACAGGGAAUGCCCUGUCUGGGUUUGUGUAGAACGGACAGAAGGCGACCCUCCAGAUGAUGAGCAGGAGGAGCCUGGUCUCACGGGGUCUGCAUGUCCUAAUUCACUUUAUUUGAUUGGAGAGUUGACGUCGGUCAGGCGAACGGGGAUCCGAUCAUUCCUUCAGAGGAUUCACAGUGUGUGGAACCGCAGGGACAACGUCUGCUACAUGCUGGUCAGUGUGGUGUUAAUUACUCUUUUAUGGUGGUUUUCUUUUCAAAGACUGCCGGAAGAUUUUAUUUUUAACGUUGUGGACGGAAAGUGGAAGCGGACCAAGGUGUUGCUGAGUUUCCUCUGAGGAAUCAUGGAGCUUUCCCUGGUGCAGUCCGCUCUGAAGGCCUUCCUGUGCGGCUCUCUGAGCGGGACGUGUUCCACGCUGCUCUUCCAGCCGCUGGACCUCAUCAAGACCAGACUGCAGACCCUGCAGGGCACCGUGCAGCCUGGCUCGGCCCGGGUGGGCAUGGUGUCGGUGUUCCUGACCGUGGUUCGGACGGAGAAGCUGGUGGGGCUCUGGAAGGGCAUGUCCCCGUCGUUCGCCCGCACCAUCCCUGGCCUGGGGCUCUACUUCAGCACCUACUACUCCCUGAAGCAGCACUUCUUCCAGGGCCGGGGGCUGGGGCCCCUGGAGGCCGUGGCCCUGGGGGCGGGGGCCCGCAGCGUGGCGGGGGUCCUCAUGCUGCCCGUCACCGUCAUCAAGACGCGCUUCGAGUCUGGCCGGUAUAACUACAGCAGCGUGGUGGGGGCCCUGCGCAGCAUGUGUCAGACGGAGGGGCCUCGGGCCCUGUUCUCCGGCCUGGUGCCCACCCUCCUCAGAGACGCCCCCUUCUCCGGGAUCUACGUCAUGUUCUACACCCAGACCAAGGCCUGCCUGCCCACAGAGCUGAGCUCGUCGUCCUACGGGCCGCCCGCCCACUUCCUGUGCGGCGUUGGGGCGGGGGUGCUGGCGUCCCUCAUCACGCAGCCGGCCGACGUGGUGAAGACCAACGUCCAGGUGGGCAGCGGGCUCACCACGGCCGCCGCCGUGCGCCAAGUCUACUCGCAACAGGGCGUGCGGGGGUUCUUCCUGGGGGCGGUGCCUCGCUGCCUGCGGCGGACCAUGAUGGCGGCGAUGGCGUGGACCGUCUACGAGACCAUGAUGACCAGGGUCGGCCUCAAGUCCUGAGGACCAUGGGGGAGGGGGGACUGACGGACCGAGAGAGGGAGGGGAGGACUGGUCGAGAGAGGACUAGAUCACCGGAGACGGGGAGACGGGAUCAAUGGUCGAAAGGACUAAAGAGAGAGAGAGAGAGAGAGAGAGAGAGAGAGAGAGAGAGAGAGAGAGAGAGAGAGAGAGAGAGAGAGAGAGAGAGAGAGAGAGAGAGAGAGAGAGAGAGAGAGAGAGAGAGAGAGAGAGAGAGAGAGAGAGAGAGAGAGAU